AGCGCGCGAGACCCGCAGAGAAAGCCGGAGAGCAGCCGACGGAGACGGCCGCCGGCGCCCGCUAGCUCUCGCGGCUCCCCGCGGAGACCCUCUCGGAACUUGGCACCCUGAGGAUCCCCGAGGUCCCCCCUCCACCUCCCCAGGGCCCGCUCCCCGGAGCCGGCUGCGCGGCCCGAGCCCUCCGCCGCCUGGCAGUCACCCUGGGAAGCGGCGGGACGCGGAGACAGCCGCUCGCUCCGGUAGCCGAUAACGGGGGAUGGAGACCAACUGUCGCAAACUGGUUUCGGCGUGCGUGCAACUAGGCGUGCAGCCGGCGGCCGUUGAAUGUCUCUUCUCCAAAGACACCGAAAUCAGAAAGGUCGAGUUCACAGACUCUCCCGAGAGCCGGAAAGAGGCAGCCAGCAGCAAGCCGUUCCCGCGGCAGCAUCCCGGCGCCAAUGAGAAAGAUAAGGGCCAGCAGGGAAAGAAUGAGGACGUGGGCGCCGAGGACCCGUCCAAGAAGAAGCGGCAGCGGCGGCAGCGGACUCAUUUCACGAGCCAGCAGCUGCAGGAGCUGGAGGCCACUUUCCAGAGGAAUCGCUACCCGGACAUGUCCACUCGAGAGGAAAUCGCCGUGUGGACCAACCUCACGGAAGCCCGAGUCCGGGUCUGGUUCAAGAACCGCCGGGCCAAGUGGAGAAAGCGAGAACGCAACCAGCAGGCCGAGCUGUGCAAGAACGGCUUCGGCCCGCAGUUCAACGGGCUCAUGCAGCCUUACGACGACAUGUACCCCGGCUACUCCUACAACAACUGGGCGGCCAAGGGCCUCACCUCGGCGUCCCUGUCCACCAAGAGCUUCCCCUUCUUCAACUCCAUGAACGUCAACCCCCUGUCCUCCCAGAGCAUGUUCUCCCCGCCCAACUCCAUCUCUUCUAUGAGCAUGACGUCCAGCAUGGUGCCCUCCGCGGUGGCCGGCGUCCCGGGCUCCAGCCUCAACAGCCUGAACAACUUGAACAACCUGAGCAGCCCGUCGCUGAAUUCCGCGGUGCCCACGCCCGCCUGUCCCUACGCGCCGCCGACCCCCCCGUACGUUUACAGGGACACGUGUAACUCGAGCCUGGCCAGCCUGAGACUGAAAGCAAAGCAGCACUCCAGCUUCGGCUACGCCAGCGUGCAGAACCCGGCCUCCAACCUGAGCGCUUGCCAGUACGCCGUCGACCGGCCGGUGUGAGCGGCGCCCGCCGCGCGCGGGAUCCGAGGACUGUCGGCGGUGGGCCGCUCCGCCCCGGAGAGACUGAGAGUUUGUGCUAGAAGGUCGUGCGCACUACCGGGAAGGAAGAAAGGAAGGAAGGAAGGGAAGAGGAGGCCAGAGGAAAAGAAACCACUGAAUUCGAAGGGGGCGCGCCUUUGAUUUCAAAGGCGCGCCCCUGGGUGUCUGACAUCUUUCGCUUAGAAGUGUUUCCAACCGUUGGAGGACGCGUGCACCAACCAAUGUUUGGCUGGAUAUGACAUUUUAACAUUACUAUAAGCUUGUUAUUUUUUAAGUUUAGCAUUGUUAACAUUAAAAAUGACUGAAAGGAUGUAUAUAUAUCGAAAUGUCAAAUUAAUUUUAUAAAAGCGGUGGUUAGUACUAUCACGACAGUGUUUUUAAAGGCUAGGCUUUAAAAUAAAGCAUGUUAUGCAGAAUCGGUUAGGAUUUUCCGCUUGCGAGCAGAAGAAUGUACAUACUAAAUGCCACACUGUAUGUUUCUAACAUAUUAUUAUUAUAAAAAAAAACGUGUGAAUAUAAGUUUUAGAGUAGUUUCUCUGGUGGAUGCCUUGUUUCUGAAACUGCUAUGUACAACCUGCUCUGUGUAUAACAUUUCGUACGAUAUUAUUGUUUUACUUUUCAGCAAAUAUGAAAAAAAAUACGUGUUUUAUUUCUUGGGAGUAAAAUAUACUGCAUACAAA